CAUUUAAAUGGCCGAGUCACACGGAGUUUGGAGAGCGACUUUGUGGAGGAUUUACAUCAUUGUUAGUUUACUUUCAGCUGUAUGUAGUGUAUGUCUGUUGUAGACGUUUGGGACGAAACAGUAAUAUUUGGUCAGAUCUUGAGGCGAAAAAAACAAAGGGAACUUUUUGAUAUCUGGUCGAAACACGCUGAUCUUUAAGCGAUUAAAAUGGGUUCCAGUGAAAGCAAGAUGUCUAUGGCUUCGACGCCACAGCCAGAUCCCAUCCAGAGACUAAAAGCAGCGCAUGUGGCCAGACUAGCUGACCCCCGUUCACCCUCCUGUGAUUUAGACCGCACACCUAUACAGGUGGGUGUGGCUUACUCUCUUCCUGUGGUGGAGUCAGUUGGGCCUGUGUUUGUUGACCCUCGCUCUCCCACUCCCGGAGUCACCCGAACUCCAGUAAAGGUCAGCAUCACCUCUCUCGCCCGCCGGCUGAGCACCUUCUUUCUCAAUGAUGUCAAGACCGGCGACUCUGCCCCUGCCCCUCUUCCUCCCGUCUCCUUCACCAAACACCCCAGCCUAUGCAGUGAGGAGCAAAACGACACAAGCACCAAAGAACAUCUGCUCCCCCUGGAGAAACGCCACAAUUUGGGCAUUAUAAAUGCUGUUACGGAUACUGUGUCCACCCCUUUGGUCAUCUCUCCCUCAGAGGGUUACGGCUCCAUUUGCAGCAGCCCGUUUGUGCUGCUUGGGGAAACUCAGGCAGAAGUGGAGGUGGACAGCGAGCCCUCGCUGGAAGAGGCGGAGGAAGCUCUGCACCUUGGUAAUUCUCCAUUGAGGAAGGAGCUGAGCUUGAGUCUUCUUGCCUGUCGUGAAGGCAUUUACUCGUCGUCUCUGGAGGAGCAGCGUCCUCUCACUCCUCUACCUCCUUCUGAGGGUGCGCUGAAUGAAGAUCCCUCCUAUGGUUGUUUCUCAAUCCCAACACGAUCUACAGAGAAUGGCACGCCGGCUGCUGAAGUGAUCUCAGAAGCGGAUGAUGUCUUAACACUGACUUCUGAAGAGCAGGUCACAGCUGCACCAGAGCAGAGCCACGAGCAGCCUGAGGUGACCAAACCUUCUGCACCUCAACCUCCCGUCACCUCCAUCAAAUCCAGCCCAUUGACUAACAUCCAGGGUGAAACGGUCCAGUGUGGCAUACGGUGCCCGAAGUUUGAUACCCGCAGCCCGAGUCAGGCUAUUUUUAAACCUCAAUGGUUGGGAGUGGGCUUUGGAACCAAUGGUGUCCGAGCGAGAGGGGUGCAAGCACGUGGAAAAACAACCGUGUCUUCACCACUUUCUGCUAAGAAACCAGCCACCAAUGAGAACAACAAUAUGGUUGUGCGAACCAAACAGAGGCCCAGAGAUAAAGUUCUGAUUGGUGAGGGUAGAUCGCCUCUGCAGAUCCUGAAGGAGGCCAAUUCACCCCGGGACCGUAACUCACAGAUGAAGUUGAAAGUGGCCACACCUGAAAAACAGAGGUUCAGUCAGAUGGACAGGAGGGCUCUGAUUCUCUCCCUCAACAAGGAGAAUGAGUAAACUGAAGUGUACAGUACAGAAACAUUUCGCCCAACACAGUGUAUAUUACAGUUUGCAUUUAUGGUGAUUCUUUUCUUUCUUACAUUGUUCUUAUUCUCGUGUGUGUGUAUGUGUAUGUUUUUCUUUGUGCAUAAACACUGUUUUAAUGUAAAUAAAGCUGAU